AAAAGGGAAGGAGGAAACGGAGAACAGCUGAGUCCCGUUUUCCCUUUCUCUUUGCUCCUUUUAUUUCUAACUGAGCAGAGCCCUGAGGUGAAGGACAAGGGAGCAUUCAGAACUGAGGCAGCAGCCUAGACACGGGACAGUCCUGGGAAGGGAAAUAAAGAAAGGGAGAAGAGAGGGCAAGCAUUGACUUUCAUCAUUCUGAGCCACGUCAGGGAGCGUAGAGCCACACUGACUAGCUGUUUGUAGCUCUGUCUGGGGAUUAGGGCUUCAGCCAGUAGGACUUAACUGGGUGUCUGUCGGGGGUGGGAGGUGGGGAGAUGUUUUUUUCUGCCCAGUUGAGUGUCUGGCUGGGUAUCUGAGCGAGUAGAGAGUCCAUACAAGAGGAUGGGUGACCUCAAGACAUAUUUGGAUAUCAAUGAACAACUGUAUUCCCGACAGCUGUAUGUUCUAGGCACAGAAGCCAUGAGGAGGCUGCGGGGGUCUUCCAUGCUGGUGUCUGGCAUGAAGGGGCUAGGUGUCGAGAUCGCCAAGAACCUAGUCCUGGCCGGAGUGGGCAGACUCACUCUGCGUGACCCCAGUCCGACCUGCUGGAUGGAUCUUGCUUCCCAAUUCUUCCUGUCCGAAAAGGACAUAGGACAAAACAGGGCCAAAGCAUCUCUGCCCCACCUAGCCCAGCUCAACAGCGAUGUGUACAUCAGUACCUAUGAUGGACCCCUCACUGAGACUGUGUUACGAGGAUUCCAGGUGGUGGUGCUAACAGACUCCACACUGAAAGAACAGCUGCAGGUGGGAAGCCUUUGUCACGAGCAUGGCGUGCACUUCCUGGUGGCCAGCACUCGGGGCCUGGUGGGGCAGCUUUUCUGUGACUUUGGCGAGAAAUUCAUCAUCCACGACCCUAGUGAAGCCGAACCCCUACAGAGCAACAUUGGGCACAUAUCUCAGGGUUCUCCUGGUAUACUCACUGUUCUUGAAGAAAAUGGACAUCGGUUCCAGGAUGGAGACUGGGUGACCUUCUCUGACAUUGAAGGCAUGACAGAGCUCAAUGAUUGUGGUCCUCUGCCCAUCCGAGUUCGAGACAAAUGGACCCUCGAGAUUGGGGACACCACGGCCUUUUCCCCCUACCUACGAAGUGGAGCUAUCACACAAGUCAAGAGAUCUCAGACUCGUUCCUAUGAGGCCUUGCCCUUGUCACUGCACCAGCCCAGGAUCAUGGCAGCUAACCUUCAGGAGGCAGAGCGUGCCCGCUGCUUGCAUCAGGCCUUCCGGGCACUGCACAAAUACCAGGCCGAGACUGGCCACCUCCCCAGACCCUGGUGCCUGGAGGACGCGAAUGAGCUGGUGAUCCUGGCCCAGGGCCUGGAACCCCUUCAGGGAGACAAUGGCAAGAAGGUGAAUGAGCCCCUCGAUGAGGCACUAGUGAGGAAGUUUGCUAUGACCAGCACUGGGGACCUGAGCCCCAUAAACUCGGUAUUUGGCGGGAUGGCUGCCCAAGAGAUGCUGAAGGCAGCCUCAGGGAAGUUCAUACCCCUGGACCAGUGGCUGUACUUUGACGCUCUUGAAUGUCUGCCGGAAGAUGGAAAGCCCCCACUGAGACCAGAGGCAUGUGCCCCAAGAAAUUGCCGUUAUGAUGGACAGAUUGCUGUGUUUGGGGAUGAUUUCCAGAAGAAUUUGGGCAAGCAAUGCUACUUCCUGGUGGGGGCAGGGGCCAUUGGCUGUGAGCUCCUCAAGACCUUUGCGAUGCUGGGGUUGGGAGCUGGGCAGGGCGGGGGCAUCACUGUCACCGACAUGGACACUGUGGAGCUCUCCAAUCUCAGCAGGCAGUUCCUCUUCCACUCAUGGGACCUAAAUAAGCCCAAGUCAGAAGCAGCAGCUCUAGCUGUGAGAAGCAUGAACCCAGCUCUCUCUGUGACGGCACACACAAAAGAACUGGGCCCUGACACUGAACACGUCUUCGGGGAUGACUUCUUCUCCAGCCUCGAUGGUGUGGCCUCUGCCCUGGACAGCUUCCAGGCCCGUAAGUAUGUGUCCGAACGCUGCAUCCACUAUAUGAAGCCAAUGUUAGAAUCAGGCACUCAAGGGACCCAAGGCAGUGCUGCCAUCUUUGUGCCCUGCCUGACCCAGCCGUACAGCACGUCGUCCGAAGAUGCCGAGACUGCGUACCCUGUCUGUACCCUACGCCACUUUCCCAGUACCAUUGAGCACACCCUACAGUGGGCCUGGAAUGAGUUUGAAGGGCUGUUCAGAUUGCCAGCAGAGAUGAUUAACCGCUACCUACAGGAGCCAGACUUCUUAGAGAGAAUGGAGGGGCCACAAGCCCUAGAUUAUCUGAAGACGGCAAGCCUUUCCUUCCUCAGCCCACCACAGGGUUGGCAGGAAUGUGUAGCUUGGGCCUGGGGUCGUUGGCAACAUUGUUUCCAUGACAGCAUAACCCACCUUCUUCAGUACUUUCCCCAUGACAAGGUGAAUGAGGAAGGAGUCCCCUUCUGGUCUGGUACCAAACGCUGUCCCCAGCCUCUGGAGUUUGACAUCAGCAGGGACACCCACCUGGAUUAUAUUCUGGCAGCUGCCAACCUGUAUGCCAAGACCCACAAACUGCCGGGCUCCCAAGACCGAGAUGAAUUACGUGUGAUCCUUCAGGAGCUACCAGCACCUGCCUUUCACCUCCACACCCACACCCCCAUCUUUGCCAAUGACCAGGAGCUAGAACAGUCCUCAGAAAAAUGGGGUCCCACCUAUGUACAAGAACUACGCUUAGCUCUGGCGAAAUGGCCAGGAACCUCCUUGGAGCCACAGCUGUUUGAGAAGGAUGAUGACAGUAACUUCCACAUGGAUUUCAUUGUGGCUGCAUCCAACCUUCGGGCAGAGAACUAUGGAAUCCCCCCAGCUGACCGGAGCAAGAGUAAGAGGAUUGUAGGGGCGAUCAUCCCAGCCAUAGCCACCACGACCGCGGUUGUGGCCGGGCUGGUUGGCUUGGAGCUGUACAAGAUCGUGAUGGGGCAUCGGUGUCUCAGCUCCUACCGCCAUAGCUACUUACAGCUGGCUGUGCCUCACCUCUCUCGCUGGAUACCCAAGGCCCCGUGUGUCCAACAGUAUCAUGAUAUGAGAUGGACAUGCUGGGACCGGCUGACGGUGCCUGCUCCUGCCCCAGGUCAGCCUGAGAUGACCCUGAGGGACCUUCUCGCCUAUCUCCAGGAGAAGUAUGACCUUCCAGUGACCAUGUUACUGCUGGACACCUAUCUCCUGUACUCAAGGCGCUGGCCAGAGGCCCAGCAAAACCUCCAGCUCAGGGUGACAGAAUUGGCGCAUCGGGUGACUGGCAAGGAGCCGAAGAUGGGCCAAAAGGAGCUGGUGUUUGAGAUCAGCUGUGAGGACGAAGAGGAGGACACUACAUUCCCCCCGUUGCAUUACCGCCUCUGCUGAGCCCAGACCACAAAGACGGACACACGGCUGAGCUCCCAGCCCCAGAAUCAUUAAUAAAACAGUUGAUGAAGCAUUAACUAGAUCCAGGUGAUGGUGGCCAAUGGGAUAUCAGAAAAAAAUUGCUUGAAACGUUGCCAGCCAAUCAGACUCUCUUAUAGCCCAGGAUUCUGCCUCUCCCACCCAGGGAACAGGCUGCUACAGCGAGCCCCUCUUUUCCUUUUUCUCCCAUCUCCCCCCACCCCGUUGGAGACUCAGGCGCCCUGCUGCGUCAUUGCCGGGCAUCCUCCCUGGUAACAAUACUGGCUCUGCUCCUUCAUCGAAUCGUGACAUUUAGAGCUGGAAAAGACUUUAGACGUCAACCAAUCCAAUCCCCAGAGGAGGAAACUGAGGCCCAGGAAGGAAAGAUAUCUGCCCAAGGCAAAUUUGUCGGCUACUUAAACCGUGGAACCAGCCCCCUUCUCGCUGCCUGCUCCCAGUCAUGGCCCUGUCCCUGCAUCCCGGGACCAUGCCUCAAAGCCAGAUGGGAUUCUCUUCAGACCAAAUGGUGCAGUGUAGCAUAUUGUGGAGUCAAAGGGUCAGGAUCUGAAUCUUUGCUCUGCCAGAUUCUGUGUGACCUUGGGCAAAUCUCUUGUCCCCUCUGGGUCUUAGCUUCUGCAUAUGGACAAUGAGAGGAUUGCGAGAAUCUGAA